AUGGCAUUCACCACCCUCCUCGACUCAUCAGUCAUGGCUAUGCCGGCUCCGCCUGCCGUCUCUAUUCUCCCCAUCCUCGCCCUACUCUUCGUCGCCUCCCUCUCAUUCUUCUUUUUACGUCGCCGAGCUUGGGAUCGUGCCGCGCCUCCCAAGGGGCGGCGCCUACCUCCCGGCCCGGCCCCUUGGCCGAUCGUGGGCAGCCUCCCCACAAUGCUCCGCCACAAGCCCCCCUUCCGAUGGAUCCUGGGCGUCGCAGAAGGCAAGGAUAUUAUCUGCAUCCGGCUUGGUGGCGUGCAUGUAGUUGUCGUCAACUCCCCCGAUCUCGGCCUCGAGUUCCUCAGGAAGCACGACGCGACCUUUGCAUCCCGGCCCCUCACCAUGUCCUCCGGGCACUUGGGCCGGGGGUUCGUCUCCGUCGGCGUCGCUCCGUGGGGCGAGCAAUGGAAGAAGAUGAGGAGAGUUGUGGCAUCCGAGCUUGUCAGUCUGUCGAGGCUCCGCUGGCAAUCAAGUGCACGUAAUGAGGAGGCCGAUCACGUUGUCAAGUACGUAUACAACUUGUGCAAGGCGGGUGUGGCUACGAUAGCCCUCAGGCCCGUGGCACGAUACUACUGUGGCAACGUUGUAAGAAGGAUGGUUUUUGGAGUGAGGCAUUUUGGGGAGGGUGGCGAAUAUGGAGGGCCUGGCAAGGAGGAGGUUGAGUACAUGGAGACCGUAUUCACGGUGUUAUCGUUGAUCUUUGCCUUGUAUGCACCGGAUUUCAUGCCAUCCUUGAGGUGGCUGGACGUGGGCGGGCAUGAGAAGAUGAUGAAGGAGGCCAUGAGUCUGAUAUAUAAGUUUCAUGAUCCUAUAAUCGAGGAGAGGAUGGAGAGGUGGAGGGGUGGAAAGGAGACAGAGGUCGGAGGGAAGAAGAGGGAAGUGAAAGACCUCCUUGAUAUUCUGAUCACACUGAAGGAUAAUGAAGGGCGUCCUUUACUCACAGCCGAGGAGAUCAAGGCUCAAAUCUCGGAGUUGUUGUUUGCAUCUGUAGACAACCCAUCCAACGUUGCGGAAUGGGGUCUGGCCGAGCUUCUGAACCAACCCAGGCUCCUCCAAAAAGCCAUGGACGAGUUGGACCGGGUGGUCGGGAAGGAUCGACUGGUCCAAGAGUCUGACAUCGCCCAACUUCCUUACAUCAAGGCGUGUGCUCGUGAAGUCCUCCGCCUCCACCCGGUUUCACCCUUCAACCUCCCCCAUGAACCAAUCGAAGACGCCACCGUCGCCGGCUACUUCAUCCCCAAAGGAAGCCGAAUUCUGCUGAGCCGGGUCGGGCUUGGUCGGAACCCCAAGGUUUGGGAUGACCCGCUCCGAUUCGAUCCAGACCGGCAUAUGACGGAUGGGCCGGUCGAGGUGGACCUUGCUGAGCCGGAACUCCGGUUCAUCUCGUUCAGUAUUGGACGUCGAUCGUGCAUGGGGGCGCCGCUAGGGAGUGCGAUGACUGUUAUGCUAUUGGCUAGGCUUCUCCAGGCAUUUGAUUGGGGUUUGCCACCGGGGAAGUCCAAUAUCGACCUCUCAGAGGAGAAAAAUAGCCUCUUGAUGAUGAAACCUCUGCGUGUUUGUGCAAGGCCUCGCCUUUUAUUGCUUGAAAACCUUUAA